AUGGGGCCCGUAGCAAAACUUCCGCCUGUGUCAUCUGCGUCAGUCGCGGUGUCCGUGGAUCUCGAAAUCCAGAGUUUGACGAACCUGAAAUAUGCCGUCGAGGAAGAAGCGGCAGCUGUAGCAACCGAGGCGGAGGCUGCGCGCGAUGUCGGACAGGCGGCCUUGGACCAGACUGAGGCCGAACUGCUUCAGGAGAAGGCUGAAGCCCUGGAUGCCAGCGUUGCAGAAGCACAGGCCACAGAGCUGGGCGGAGCUGAAGCUGUCGCUGGCGAACAGGCGGCGGAGGAUGUUGGUGGCUCGGAAAUUGCCGAGCAGGUCGAGGAGGUGGCCUCGAGCGUUGUGAAAGGCUUAGGUGAGCUACCUGCCAACGGCAUGGCUUCGGUGGGAGCUUCAGAAGCAGUUGCAGAU